AUGCAGCAAGUGUUGCUGAAAGAGCGUCCGCCGGCGCAGCGACGUCAAGUCAAUUCGCCGCCACUCUCAUGGAGCUCGUCGACGGAGGCGAUCGAGCGAGCACGUGAUUGGUUCAACCAUUCGUCCAUGUCGCCGUCGCCGUCGCCGUCGCCGUCGUCGCCAUUCGACCCGGCCUCGUUGCAGUUCGCCCCGACCGAGCGAGUCGCCUUCGAGGCCGUCCUCUGCGAGGCCUGCGAAGAGCUCGGCCUCCUCUGGCUCCUCGGCAAAACACGACUCCCCAACACACGAACGUCGACGACGUCGACGCCAAUGGCAACGCCGACGGCGACGGCGACGGCGACGGCGACGACGCGUUCGAGCCAAGCGUUGCGUCGAGUCACAAUGUCGCGCAGACACACCCUCGGCGAACUGACGCUGGAGCCGGACGGCGAGGCGGACGGCAACCGUGACUCGGUCGCCAUGAAGACGCUGGCUCGAGUACACGCCUGCCUGCGUCAGGCCGGCGUCGAAGUGGCCGGCCACGGCUUCGUGACCGGCCUCGAGGCGCACUGCGACGAGGCUGAGGCGUUGCGACGCGACGAGGCGCGAGCUCUGCGCUCGGCCGCCGACACGUCGGCCAACAUUCAACGACUGUGUCGCCACAUCAACCGAAUCACCAACAACCUGACGCGCCAACAGACCGAGUUGGCGGCGGCGGCCGCGCAUGUGAAACACGAGAAACAAGAGCUGCGCGAAGCCGUCGUCAUGGAGACAGCGUAUCUUGGCCACCGUUUCACGGCGUGUCUGCACGAGUUGGCCGGUCGUCUCAACGACCAGCUGACGACGGUGCAGACGUCGAUCAAGUCGAGCCAGUUGCGGUUGGACGAGACGACGCGGAACGGCGAGGAUGUCGAGCAAUUCUUGCGCCAGCGAAGUCGACUCACGGCGACGGCGUGUGCUCCGGACCGGGAGCAGCAGAGUCGUCGGUUGACGGACCAUUUGGACGCGUUGACGACGAGGACGCGAGGCCAACACGAGCGAAUGCGCAACCUGUGCGACACGAUUCGCCAUUGCGAAGAGUCCGUGCAGGCGGUACAUGCGGUGAAGGAGGCGGCGGCUCGGCGACAGGCCUACCUCGAGUUGUCGACGCGGUGUGCUCUGCGCAUUCAGGCCUGGUGGCGCACGAUGCUGCAAGUGAGGCAGAUCGCGUUGCCGCGUCGCCGGGCAACGCAAGCCGGCCGGCGACGCGCCGGCAAGAAGCGCCGCUCAAAGUCGGCCAAGUCGACCAAAGCGUAG